AUGGCAUUUGAGAGGUCGGUGGCAGGGUGCAAGGAAGACUUGAGAGGCAAUUACAACUUCAGCUUGAUGGCUCCGAGUGAGUUUUCGGGGAUAAUGUUUGUCGUCAACCCACGGGCCUGCUUGAAGUUCCAAGCAAAUAUUUUUGACAGGAGCAGGUGCCAGAAUUGUUUCAAAGCCUUUGAUCUCCAUCGAAAAGACUGCGGUCGCGAUGCCAACCAGCUGCAAUAUGGCGGUCUUGGCCCGAAUCUGCACACCAGCGCAUUUAACCAAGGGGAUCUGCACUUUGUUUCUUCAGACUGCAAUCUCUACUGUGGAACCAGCCCCGAGGAGGUGACUGCCAGCUGGCAGGUGGAAUCGAGAAUGCACAAUCAACUGACCAGUCAGGUCAGCAGGAAAUGGGCAGAGGACUCAUCCGCUCGGAUCUCGGAGUUAUCCAGCACGGCGGGAACCAGGGGGCACUCGUUGAGAGGAGAGUGGACACUGGGGUCUAAUGUCUCCACGCUGCAGGGGGAGAGCAGGAACAGGGACGCGCACACCGAGAAUUCAGUGUGGGCCCAGUCACGCAGUAGAAGCAACUCAGUGGGCUCACGGGGCCCAGAGCUGGUGAGUGGAGAGCGAGUGACCGGCCGCAAACCUCGGGUGGAAAGUGGAUACUUCUCCUUGGAACGAGCAAAGUCGGACUCUGUCCACAACCCGUCCCCCGCUGCGCGCCGGACUGCAGAGACCCGAAGCGCGGGCCAGAGUGCCUCACCAGUGUGUGGGCCGUCCGCCGGAGGAGGGACCCUGCUCAACCUUGGCCGGCUGACGUCGUCCCAGAGCUCCUUUGAGUCGGAGUCGAGCUGGGGGACAGCCGCCAGUGUGGCCAGCUCGGAGCCCAGGCUCUUCCGCAGGGACUACACGGCACUGGCGGACAUCCCGAAGCCCAAGAGGAUCAUCAGCCGAGAGAAGUUGGAGCAGGAUUACAAGCAGCUGGGACAGAGGACACGGACACGGAGUCCCGGGCGCGAGGAGGUCGAGCGCUUGUUUGGGCAAGAACGCAGGCCGGUCACUGAGUCAUAUCGUGAAUUCAUCCCUACCAACGUGGGUAGAACAGGAAGAGAAUCCACAAUAUCCCAUCGGCUCGAGGAAGAUUCGAGAGUGAGUAAAGUCUAUCCCAGGAAAUUUCAACAGAAAGAGACUGACCGAGAAAUCUCUCAACAGCCUUUCUCCAACUUGUUGAAAAGCAAAAUGCGAGAUGCUCCCUCAGGCUCUAAGUACGACAGGUCUGACGGAGGGAUCUCAAAACCGGUCUCCUCAUUCUCGAUGAAAACCAAAGACAAACACCGAUAUCUAACUCCGCAACAUGAUAAGGUGGAUACAAAGGUUUACUCCCAAAAAGAUGAAUUGAAGAUGUGCACUAAAUGCUCUCGCGUUGCUUCAGAAACCAACAAGGUAGAUGGAAAGUUUUCAAAAGAAGACUCGAGUUCUUAUACUGGAUAUCUGCAGUCUGCUGCCAAGAUGGACAACAGGUUCUCCUCUCAGGAACAGACUGCCCACACAGGAUAUCUGCGAUCUACUGCAAGAAGAGACGAGGUUGAAGCGAAUUUCUCUGAACGGACCCCUCACCCAGCCUAUCUUCGGGCUUUUUCCAGGAGUGAUCGGCUACACGGCACCCUGCUGUUUGUGGGGUGCCGUUGUCUUGUCUGGUGGUGUGAGUGGGUGCCACCUUCAGACCUCAGCAACUCCAACCCGGGAUCCAUGCAAGUGGGAUUUUUGGGGAAUCCAAAAGUGGUGGCAAUGCACCUCACGGCAGUGUGCCAGCGGCUGUGCCACAAUCUUCAGCAGCACCUGGACCUGCGAAUCCAGAACUUCUACAAGGAUACCCAUGUGGGAAUGAAACAAGUGCUGGAGUCAGGAAUGUCCGACAUCAUUAUGUGUUUGGAGCCAGAGACUGAGAGAGGAUUCCCAACCAAGACGAAGCCUACCUCACUAAACAAAGAUGUCUAUCCACAGACAGCCGACAAACAUGAGAAGACAGAGAGAGGUUUGUCAAAUCGGCCCACGUUCAACUCACUGAACAAAGAUGUCCGUCAACAGGCGACCAACAAGGACAAUAAGACUGACAGAGGACUCCCAAUUCGGAGCAACUCUAACUCAUCGAACAAAGAUGUCUACCCACAGACAGUAAACAGGCAUGAGAAGAUGGACAGAGGAUUCUCAAACAGGGCCGCCUCGAAUCCACUGAACAAAGGCGUCUAUCUACAGACAACUGACAAGACUGGAAAGGCUGACAGAGGAUUCUCAAACAGGACCACUUCAAACUCACUGAACAAAGAUGGCUAUUCGUCGACAGCUGACAAGCACGGCAAGAUCCAGCAAGCCCUGCACCAGGACACCGAGCUCUCCAGCGGAAUCUCUUGGCUCUUCCAUCAUUGGUGA